AUGGAUAUGGAUACACAGUUGCAUCAACAUAUUACCACCAUUUCGAAUGGUGGUGGUAGUGGAAGUGGUAGAGGUGGUGGCGGCGGCAUCGGAAUUGGUGGUAAUGGGGUUGUGUCUGUACAACGUGAUGAUGAGUACCGGGAACGUAUGUUAAGAAUACGAAGAUUAACCGAAGCAGAUACUGGCGAUAAAGCCUCAACAUUUGGCAAAGUAUUGCAAUAUUUGUCAAUUUUAUUGGUUGUACUUACAGCUCCUUUCAGUUUGUUUGUCUGUUUCAAGGUUGUGCAGGAAUAUGAACGUGCAGUAAUUUUUCGUUUGGGUCGUUUAUUACAAGGUGGCGCCAAAGGUCCUGGAAUUUUCUUCAUUUUACCCUGUAUUGAUGCCUAUGCCAGAGUAGAUUUACGUACACGUACCUACGAUGUGCCACCACAAGAGGUUUUAACCAAGGACAGUGUUACGGUAUCUGUCGAUGCUGUUGUCUAUUAUCGUGUAUCGAAUGCCACUGUAUCCGUAGCCAACGUGGAAAAUGCUCAUCAUUCGACAAGACUAUUGGCACAGACCACUCUACGCAAUACAAUGGGCACACGUCAUUUGCAUGAGAUUUUAAGUGAACGUAUGACAAUAUCUGGAACUAUGCAGGUACAAUUGGAUGAAGCUACCGAUGCUUGGGGUAUUAAAGUCGAACGUGUUGAAAUCAAAGACGUACGCCUACCCGUACAACUGCAAAGAGCCAUGGCCGCUGAGGCAGAGGCAGCCAGAGAGGCUCGUGCUAAAGUCAUAGCGGCUGAGGGUGAACACAAGGCAUCACGUGCUCUGCGCGAUGCAUCAGAGGUAAUUGGCAAUUCACCGGCUGCUUUACAAUUACGUUAUCUACAGACUCUCAGUACAAUUUCGGCUGAAAAGAAUUCAACCAUUGUAUUCCCACUACCCAUUGAUUUAUUAACAUAUUUCAUGCGCGGCAAGGACGCAAUGGAUCCACAAUCUAAAAAGAAUUUUGAAAAUGUUCAGGCAGAAUGA